AUGUACAGAUCAGAGCCAUUUCUGAAGAUGUCCCUGUGGGUGCUGCUUUUCCUGGGAUUGGCGGAAGCUUGCAUUCCUCGGGAGGGUCUGCUGAGCCUCCAGGUGCUGAACGAAGAAACAAACGGCUGCAAGGAGGAAUUUAAGCCCGCUCUGGUCACCAGCCCACCCAAGAAACUGCUCCCCAAGAAGAAGAAUUCAUGGAACUUCUUGAAAUGUGCCUACAUGGUGUUAACCUUCUUGUUCGUGUCCUACAACAAGGGAGACUGGUGCUACUGCCACUACUGUAACCUGGAUCUGGACAUCAGAAAUGACCCCUGCUGUUCUUUCUAG